AUGCUCCAUAACAAUAAGUCCUCUCAAUUCUUGAUGUUCCGCUUGGAAAAAUGGGUCGUGUUAUUGGAAGACACGGAGUUUUGUUAUAUUGCAUCAAAUUUUAGCGAGAAGGGUGAGGAAAGCAGAAGCAAUGAUCAGGGGAAGAAUGCUCUGGAAAUGUGCUUCAGUACAAUUGGGGGGUCAAAUGCAUUUUCUUCCGACAAUAAAUCCGCAGUCGCUGGAUACUGGAAUUAUAAUGUACGGGAAUCGGGAAUUUUUCCGAACAAUCAUAUUGUUAUUGUCCAGAAAAGAGGAUUUUUGGGGUGUGGUGAUGGCGAAGAGGGGAAUAUGUUAGCUAAAGUCCACGAAGAGAGACGUGGUUUGGGAUAUUCCCCAGAGCAAUUAUUUGCUGUGGUUGCUGCUGUCGACUUGUAUGAGGAUUUCGUUCCUUGGUGUCAUCGAUCAGAGAUAAUUCGACACCUUCCCGAUGGGUCGUUUGACGCUGAGCUAGAAAUUGUAUCUUAUACUGUCGUUCUAAGUUCUAUGGUGACAGUGCCGAGGCUCCAACCAUCAAUAGGAGAUGUUCAUUAUCUUCAGAAAACUAAUGCAACGGUUGGAUGCAAUGGGGUGGGUUUCAUCCCAAGAUAUUUGAUGCAUACUUUGAAAUUCAAGGAAGAGAACAUCGAGAGAAUUGGUUCCAUCAGUGACUACAAGGAAUAUUUCGAACAGGGGAAGAUUGCGGCUGCCUUCUUUGUCGGUCCACAUGCCAAACUUUUCCUUGCAAAUAAUUGCAAAAGCUUUGCCAUUGCAAAUAUUAACCUUGCACUUGGUGGUUUUGCUUUUGAGCAGCAAAUUGCCAUUCAAAUGGCUGUCAAUGAAUUUAAUCAGUUGUCGAAUUGUUCAAAGCUGUCUUGGUACAUUAAAGAUUUAAAUGGAACGUCAUCUCGAGCAGCUUCCACUGGUGGGCAAACAGUUCCCAAGGAAAGGAGACUGAAAAUUGGAGUUCCUGAACGGGCUGCUGUCAAAGAGUUUGUCAGCGUCAGGUAUGAUCAAGAAGAGAUGAAACCAUUCUUCAGCGGAUUUUCCGUUGAAGUUUUUGAAGCCGCAGCUAAGUCGCUUAGUCAUUUUCCUUAUGAUUUUUUUCCAUUUCGUGGCACUUACGAUGAGAUGUUGAUUGCAGUUUAUAAUAAGAGUUUGGAUGCAGCAGUUGCAGACAUUAGUAUAUUGGACGAUAGAUAUGAUUAUGCUGAUUUUUCACAGCCUUAUAUGGACUCUCAAAUUGUUAUGGUGGUACCUGUAAAAAAUGAUUUGAAAUGGCAAAGAUUCAUUGCUUUGAAGGCCUUCCAAUGGAAAUUGUGGGUGGCUCUGGCAGCAUCAAGCUUAUUCACUGGAGCCAUUAUCUAUUUUAAUGAGUAUGUGAACGACAAUCCAGAGUUUGGAAAUUCAUUUCCUCAGAUAAUUGGUUCUAUAAUUUGGUUUUCUGUCACUCUUCUCUCAUUUGCACAAAGGGAAUCUAUCAAAAAUAAUCUGUCACGAUUGGUUCUUGCAAUAUGUUCUAUGAUGACAAUGCCGAUGCUCCAACCAUCAAUAGGAGAUGUUCAUUAUCUUCAGAAAACUAAUGCAACGGUUGGAUGCAAUGGGGUGGGUUUCAUCCCAAGAUAUUUGACGCAUACUUUGAAAUUCAAGGAAGAGAACAUCGAGGGAAUUGGUUCCAUCAGUGACUACAAGGAAUAUUUCGAACAGGGGAAGAUUGCGGCUGCCUUCUUUGUCAGUCCACAUGCCAAACUUUUCCUUGCAAAUAAUAGCAAAAGCUUUGCCAUUGCAAAUAUUAACCUUGCACUUGGUGGUUUUGCUUAUGUAAGAUUCAUAUCCAAGUUAAAUUAA